AUGUUGUCGGCCCUACAGAACCCGCGGCAGGCCGCCGCGCAGCUCCUCAACUUUGCCCUCAUCCUGUCUACGGCAUUCAUGAUGUGGAAAGGCCUCUCCGUCGCGACCGACUCGCCCUCGCCCAUCGUCGUCGUCCUGUCCGGGUCUAUGGAGCCCGCCUUCCAGCGCGGCGACCUGCUGCUUCUCUGGAACCGCAACAUCUGGGAGGAGACGGCCGUCGGCGAGGUGGUGGUCUACAACGUCAAGGACAAGGACAUUCCGAUUGUGCACCGCGUGGUGCGCAAGUUUGGCACGGGAGACAAGGCCAAGCUGCUCACCAAGGGCGACAACAACGUGGCCGACGACACAGACCUGUACGCACGCGGGCAGGACUACCUCGAGCGCAAGGACAUCAUCGGGAGCGUAUACGGCUACGUGCCGUUCGUGGGGUACGUGACGAUUAUGCUGUCGGAGCACCCGUGGCUCAAGACGGUGAUGCUGGGCAUCAUGGGCCUGCUGGUGGUGCUGCAGCGGGAGUAG